AUGAGCCAGUCCCCUGACCUCUACGAGCGCCUGCAGCUCGCUCCGUCUGCGUCCGCCGACGAGGUGCGAAAGAGCUACCGCCGGUUGGCACUCAAACACCACCCCGACAAGGGCGGCAAGCCAGAGACGUUCAAGAGCAUCUCAGAGGCGUAUGCCGUCCUCUCGGACACGGAGCGGAGGCGCAUGUACGACGCGACAGGCGAGGCCGAGCUAGCC